AUGUUUAUAAUCGUUUACUUCGUACCAAGAGGCAUAUCGAGUUGUGAAAUAACAUUCUUUUCGAGUUUUCGCUUAUAUUCUAGUUUAUAUCGAGCUAGAUCAUAAUGGGUUCAUCGAAAAAACACAAGAAGGAAUCGAAGAAAUCAAAAAGGCGGUCCCGCAGUCGCUCUCCGUACGAGAAACGCAGCCGCUCAGAUUCGGUCGAAGAUGACCAGGAAGUGAUCGAAUACGAACGCUAUCGUAAAGAUUCCUCGGUGAGAUACGAGACGGUAGAAAAGCCUCAUCGCCACCGAAAACACAAGAGGGACAAGGAGAAGGUGGUUGAAAGCAGACAUCACCAGCAUCAGCAUGGUCGCCGUCGGAAUCGGCUUGCGGAUGAGUCGAAUGGUCAGGAUGGUGGCAGCAGCAGCAGCAGUCAUAGACACAGGGCACACAAGGAGCGAGAAUACGUCGAAGUGGAGGACGAUAGCGACAGUUCGGACUGUGUGGAGGUGCCGGUUGAUGAUGAUAUCCCACCGCCACCGCCCCCUUGCAUUUCGCGGAGAGCUCCUUCUCCCGAACCGGAGCCGCCACAUGAAACGGUCACGAGAUCGUCACGCAGUCGCCGCUCACCAUCACCGGUGGUAGUGAUCAGGAAGUCACCAUCACCACCACGAGUUGUGGUCUCCCGGAGAAGAUCCCCUUCGCCUCCACCCCGAGUGGUAGCAUCUAGAAAGAGGUCUCCUUCUCCUCCUAGGGUUGCAGCCCCCAGGAGGAGAUCCCCCUCGCCUCCCAGAGUGGCAGCCCCUAGAAGGAGGUCCCCUUCUCCACCCCCGCGAGUGGCCGUUUCUAGACGGAGGACACCUUCACCUUCUCCGGUGAAGGCAGCGCGUAGACGAUCACCAUCACCGGUUCCCGUGAAAAGUUCCAGACAGAGGUCCAUGUCUCCGAUUCCCGAUAAUGGAGCGGGUGAUGUGCUUUCCAUUGAGGCCACCAACAAGCUGAGAGCGAAGCUCGGUCUCAAACCGUUGGAAGUUGGACCGUCUGAGAGCUCCGCUUCGUCGGGAGCCAAAAAGGACGAGGAUACAUCGAAGGACGCAUCCGGCUACGAGAAGAUCAAGGACGAUUGGGGCGAAUUUUACCACAAACCGGCAACGAACUUGGCCGAGAAAAGCCAAGCGGACAAGAUUCGCGAGAAGCUGAAGGAACGCAAGGAGAAACGAGCGGUCGAGGACAGGCUCAAAAAGCUGCAAACGCUCGGAGAUGACGAGGAGAUGGACGAUGUGAAGAACUGGGUCAGCAAAAGCAGGGAUAAGGAGCGACUGAAGAGGGAAGCGGAAGCUCGGGCGAAGUUGUUGGAUCAAUUGGAUGAAGAGUUCGGUGUUGGUGAUUUAGUGGAACAGGAUGUGAGAGCGCAACGAAAAAAUGCGUACAAAGAAAGGGAUUUGAGCGGACUACGGGUGGAACAUGAUGUGGAAAGCUUCAAGGAAGGUCGUCAGGUUAUUCUUACUUUGAAGGACGCUGAUGUUCUGGACGAAGAAGCGGGAGACACGCUGGUUAAUGUGAACAUGAUUGAUGACGAGCGCUACAAAAAGAACACCGAGAACAGAAAGUUGAACCCAAAUCAUUACGGUUAUGACGUGUACAGUCAGGACGAUGUCGACGAGUUCGGUAUGCCGAAACAGAGAGAAGUUCUUGGUAAAUACAAUGAUGAAAUUGGUAGCGCUGAAAAGUCCAGCUUCACGAUUGGUUCCAAUGCGGAGCACGAAGCUAGGGAGAAGCGCAGACAGCUAGAAAUAAAAGCCAAAUUGCAAAAUAAAAAGCUUGACUCCCUGGACGUGGUUCCAUUGGCAUUGGCAUCCGAAUAUUACACUGAUGUCGAAUUGGCAUCAUUCAGAAAGCCGAAAAAGAAGGUACGGAAAAUUCGACAAAAAUUGAAGGCGGAUGAUUUGUUGGAUUUGGCCCCGGAAACAACCGGUCACGAUUUAGGAUCCAAAACAUCCCGUCGAGCGGGACACUCUGAACACAAUUUAACGACGGAAUCCCAUAUCAGAAACAGGAAGAAAGACAUCCUCUUCACGGACGACACAUCCGUGUUCCAGGACGAUCUUUCAAACAUCGAAGUUGCUGACGAUGAUGAUGACGACUUGCAAGCUGUGCUGGCAAAGGCUCGCCGACUCAAGCAGAAGGAUGCGAUCAUUUCGAAAGCUUUGCCAAUCGACACCGAACGCGUUAAGAGCGAGAUAAAAUCCGAAAUGAUGUCCGAGGACGAGGAGGCGAAUUAUGACGCACGAAAUCGAGACGGAGCAAUUCUGCUGAACGCAACGGCCGAAUUUUGUCGCACUCUGGGAGAUAUCCCAACGUACGGUCUCGCCGGAAAUCGUGACGAAGAUGUGGCCGAAAUGAUGGACUUCGAGAACGAAAGCGAGCAGGAGCAGGAUCCGGAUCAGCGGGAUCGGGGUGGGACGUGGAAUUCCGUGAACACCGAUCGGGAGCAGGAGGAGCAGCUGAAAGCCGCCAUCGAAGUGGAUGACGUUGCGAUCCUAGACGAGGAACCGGAUGUGGCAUCCGGUGUGGCAGGAGCACUCCUGCUGGCCAAAUCCAAGGGUUAUCUCGAGAAGGAGGAAAGCAACCGGCCUAGCAAUGCCCGGUUUGCUCAUCUGCAGGCGCAAAAUUAUUCGAUCGAGGACAAAAAUUAUGGUGAAGACGAUAAGUACUCGCGAAGAGAUCGCUAUAGUGGACCGAUCACAGACUUCAGAGACAAGGAUAACUUUAAGCCGAAUGUUAAAUUGGAGUAUAUUGAUGAUAAUGGACAUUUGCUGACUCCGAAGGAAGCGUUCCGGUAUCUGUCGCACAAAUUCCACGGAAAAGGUCCCGGCAAGAAUAAGGUCGAGAAGCGACUCAAAAAGAACGAACAGGAGGGGCUAAUGAAGAAGAUGAGCUCUACCGACACUCCCCUUGGAACGCUGAAUAUGCUGCAGGCGAAGCAGAAGGAAACACAGUCACCGUUUAUUGUGCUGAGCGGAAGCAAACAGAACACUAGCAUUGUGAAGCAUAAGCGUUAACAACUUAUGUACCUGUUUUCUAUUCUGCGGUGUCAUCUAUAAUAUAAAAGUUUGCGAAUAUCCACAA